UCCCAGGCCCGUCGCACUUCUGGCUUUUCCCAUAGCUGUGCGGCGCAGCUUGUUGCCUUCUUUUCGCGCGGCACCGUGACCCUUUCCCUCACACCUCACUCCCUUUCAAUCUUCGUUUUGACGCGGUCCCUGCGCCUUUUAUGCGACCUUCCGGGAUUCUUCACUUUCCUGGCAGGCUUGGAGCUUUAUUUUGCAAGGCGGCACUCUUGCGGGCUGUGUAAAGCUGUUUCAAGAUCUUUUGCGAUGUCAGGUUUUGAUAAUGUAAACUCGGAUUUCUACCAGACAAGUUACAGCAUCGAUGACCAGUCCCAACAAUCCUAUGAUUAUGGAGGAAGUGGAGGACCCUAUAGCAAAUUCAACAGAAGUAUUUAAGAUUGCAGCUUCCAGACAGUAUGCUGGCUACGACUACUCACAGCAAGGCCGAUUUGUCCCUCCAGACAUGAUGCAGCCACAGCAGCCAUACACUGGACAAAUUUUCCAGCCAACUCAGGCAUAUACUCCAGCUGCACCUCAACCAUUCUAUGGAAACAGCUUUGAGGAUGAGCCACCUUUAUUAGAAGAGUUAGGUAUCAAUUUUGACCACAUCUGGCAAAAAACACUAACAGUGCUACAUCCGUUAAAAGAAGUAGAUGGCAGCAUCAUGAACGAAACUGAUUUGGCAGGACCAAUGAUUUUUUGCCUUGCCUUUGGAGCCACAUUGUUACUGGCUGGCAAAAUCCAGUUUGGCUAUGUAUAUGGGAUCAGUGCAAUUGGAUGUCUAGGAAUGUUUUGUUUAUUAAACUUAAUGAGUAUGACAGGUGUUUCAUUUGGUUGUGUGGCAAGUGUCCUUGGAUAUUGUCUUCUUCCCAUGAUCCUACUUUCCAGCUUUGCAGUGAUAUUUUCUUUACAAGGAAUGUUAGGAAUCAUUCUUACUGCUGGAAUUAUUGGAUGGUGUAGUUUUUCUGCUUCCAAGAUUUUUAUUUCUGCAUUAGCCAUGGAAAGACAGCAACUUUUAGUAGCAUAUCCUUGUGCUUUGUUAUAUGGAGUCUUUGCCCUCAUUUCUGUCUUUUGAAUGGAGUUUAUCUGGAAUGUGGACAUCAGUGGGCCAAAUACACAAAGAGGACCUUGAACUCUUAAAUUGGACCAGCGAACUGCUGCAGCGCAACUCUCAUGCAAAUUUAUGAUGGACAUUGGAGCAAAGGAAGUAAACAUUUCUUUUGUUCAUUUUUAUAGAACUUUUGAAUACUAUAUUGGAUUUAUCUGCCGUGUGACUAGCUUUAAGUGUUUGUGCUGUUUCUUUCCUUUUCCUGCAGCUUUUGAAAAACAACUUUUUUCCUUACAAAUUAUAUUAUGAUGUUUUUGAUAGAUUUUUAUUAGCUGUGGAAAACCAACCACAAAGCUGGUAAUCUUUCUUAAAAACAACCCAAUUAUAGUAAAGCAGACACAACACUUAUUGCAGAAAUGUUUUUCCUAGGAAUUAGGAAAGAAAGUUGUCUUUGUUCUCAAGUUAGGAACACUCAAGCCACCCCCCCCAGAAAAAAUCCCAAUGCAGAGUUUUGAGUUUGCAGUUCAAAAAUUUGACAUUCCUGUAAAUUAUCUCAUGAAACUUUUGCUAAAAUUCAGUUUUGAAAAGUUUAUAUUCUACCUUAUUGUAGAUAAGAAAUGUGAACUGCCAUAUUAAUGUUCAUUAAACCUGGACUGGCCACAUUAAUGCUUAAUUGGAUCUCCACCUUUCCCAAGAAAAAGAUAAUCGCUAACCUUUUUUGAGAAAAAUACUUAAAAUUUCACAAUUUCAGUAUUUCAGUUAUCCAUGUAAAGUACAUUUGAUACAUAUUAAAAAUUUCCCAAUUAAUUUUAAGUGUUGAGUGUACUUUUACUAAACCACUGUUCUCUGUGUCUUGAUUUCUUCAACUAAGGACUGAUUUUGACUCCCAAUUUCAUUUAAGCUUUAAACAUAGUUACCUACUAAGGAAUUAAAAAAAGGUUAAAUGAAAAGCAAUUUACUUUGAGUUACAACAUUAUUUUCUUAAUUUUAUUUGAUUUAUGCUGUUAUGCUCUCUUGUCAGAAAAUUUGUAGGAAAACACUAUAUCCUGUAUGAGGUCACAGACAUUCUGGAGGAACUACCUCUGGUUCUGGACAAAACUCAGCUAUGAGAAAGGCAUGGUAUGGGGAGGAAAAUGUUUCUUUUCUUUUUUUAAGAAAGAACCUUUCAGACUAAGUAAAAAGAAAUGCCAGACUGAUAUAUUAAUGUGGUUUUUUUUUAAAGAUCUGUACAGUCUGCAGAGAAAACCACAGUAUAUUUUCUUUCUUUUUUUUUUUUGGUAUCGGGGAUUGAGCUCGGGACCUUGUGCUUGCGAGGCAGGCACAAGCUAAAUCCCCAGCCCCAGAGUAUAUUUUCUUUUUAGAGCAAGUUUUCAAGCAUUAAAGGAGAUUGAGAUAAAGCAUAUUUCUUACAAAGAUCUUAAUUUCUAAUCUCUGGCAUCACAUAAAUUUUUUUCAUUAAUUUUUGAUCUGGAGAAAUAAUAAAAAUUAGGUUUGGGCUAGGUUUUCAAACUUAACAAAUUGUUUUACAAUAUUUUUAUUGUAAUCUUUUGAUACUAUCUUUGUCUUUUCCAACUUGAUUUAUAAAAUACAGUUCUUGUUAAAGCAAGUGUAUGAAUGUCUCCCAUUAAUACUCAGUUCGUUCUUAUGAACAGGGUAGAUGGUGCCUUGGAAAUUAAAUUACUCAUUCUUGGUUAGAUUUAACACUGAAUCGUCAAGCGAAUUUCCCAAAUGGACCAAAUUAUCUUCUUAAUCUGUUCACUUCCCCACCCAGCAAAAUGAUUUUUAGUUUAAAAUCAUGUUAUAGAGUUUUUUGUUGAUUGUCUUAUUUAGUUCGAAAAUAAGAUACAAAACUAUUUAAUAUUUAAGUAUUGCUCUGUCAAAACAGUCAUACAGUAGAGUUGGAUCUGAUGCAAGAGUUGAGUUCAAGAGUUUGCUUAAAGAGUCAUGUAUAGCCAGUGUUUCUCUUAAUAAAAUUCUCCUUAGGUAAAAAAUACAAUAUGUGUAGCCAUAUUUAUGCAUACAUUAAAGACUGGUAUAUUGUGUCUCAAAAAGUAGUAUGUAGCAGUUUUUUUUAUUAGCAUUGGAAUAUGUUUCUUCAGUUAAAUAUUAGGUAGAGUAUCUGGCUUGCUUUAGGACCCAUUUUAUCCCAAACACAAGUACCUUUUCAUACUAGAAAUACUCUGAGCAUAGCUUAAAGUUUACUAAGAAAUUGAAACUCACUGGGGUGACAGAUUGGAGGGACCAUACCUCACCCAGGUCUUGGGCUCAGUGAGUGCAAUUUCAUAUACACUGGUAUAUUGUGUCUGUAAAUAUGUGCAUGCCAAGGAUAUGCAGUUAAUUUCACAUAUAGUGUAAAUGUUUUAUGACUUUGCUAUAAUGUGUUUACCUGGUAUUUUAAAGAACUGUUUAACUAGAUUUGUGGGAAAAACAUUAUUUCUUAAGAUGUAGUUAUAGAGAUGUAAAGUCACUGGCAUCCAAUCAAAGAGAAUUUAAGUAGUGUUGUAUUUUGGCAUUUUGAAAGUAUGUAUUUUUAACCUUGAUAGACACUAUUCAAUCAGAAUUGCUCCAAAGCUAAGUUCAGUUGUCUCAUACUUUAAAAUUACCCAAUUAUGUUUGCAGUGUUUAUUAUCUACAAAAAACGUUAUAUGGCCCAUGAUAUUAAUGGAAGAAUUUAGAACUUUGAUCAAAAAGAGAAGUGUACAGUUAGAAUCUUACCCUAUAGAAUACUUUGACUUGGUCAUCAAAAUUUAGUGGAAAUCAAUACUACAUUUGGCCAUGUGUCUGAUAUCACAUAGAGCAAAGCUGAUGUAAGAACUCAGACAAAUUGCUUAUUUUGCACUGUGGGAAGAAAAAUAUACGCACACAUACAAACAAACAUACAUGCCUGUUAGCUUUUCAUAAAGUAUUGCUCAAAGUUUUCAAAACUAUGUAGCACCUCCACGGUACAGCUUGUAGCAUUAAAUCUGGUUACCACUGGACCUUCCUUUAAAAUGCAAGACUCCUAUCCAAAAAAUUCCCCAAGUUAAAUCUGUCCUCACUGUCCACUGACUCAUUUUGUGAUGUCAGAUUUCAAGUACUAGUUACUAAAUGAUCCCAGUCUUUAUAAAUUCUACUUUACUUGGAAAUAAGACCUUAAAAUAUUUCUCAAGUAGUUUAUCAGUGUCUAAAAUGUUUGGUUCAAAAUAUGAACUUGGGGAAUGAAACAUUUAGAAUCAAGCAAAAACAAGUACUUUUUUCAAAGGUACUUAUAGCAUAUAAGUUAACAAGUGGGUCUUUUGGGAGUAUAUUUAGGAUUUGGAAGCAGUGGCAAUAGCAAGAGUCAGGUUUUGGGGAAGGCCUUAAAGAAGAAUUGAUUGAUGGUGCUGUAAUGAAAAUUAAGAAUGAUCUGUGGUUAGCUUAUUCAAAACGUAGUUUGUUUUCACACAACCUGAAAUAAAGCAUAUCCCCGUGUCUCCGU